AAAGUAAAAUAAUUCGCGCUUCUCUCUCUCUCUCUCUCCUCUUCUUCACCGAUGCUGAUUUACCUCACCUAAAAGAAUGGAGACUACGCCACCGCCGGCACCGCCAGUGGCAGCUGUCAAGGUGGAAGAGGUACCAAGACCCUCGCCGGAAACCACAAACCUAAAGCUGCAGUCACCCCCUGCCCCAGCCAAAGCCAAUACAAACCCCACCGCUCCCACCCCAGACCCCAACCCUACCCCCGCCGUUGCCCCGAAAGAAACGCCGCCGGCGCCCACCAAUACCGCCGCUUCCCGGAAGACCGAACCGCCUUUGGCUUCCGACGCCAACACCAUCUACAUCCCCAGUUAUUCCAGGUGGUUUUCGUGGAACAACAUUCACGAAUGUGAGUUUCGGUUCCUGCCGGAGUUCUUCGAUGGGAAGUCACCUUCGAAGAACCCUAGGGUUUAUAAAUACUACCGGAAUUCAAUCAUUAGUAGGUUCAGAGAAAACCCUAACCGUAAGAUUACCUUCACGGAGGCUCGGAAGACCAUCAUCGGAGACGUCGGAUCCAUUCGGAGGGUAUUCGACUUCUUGGAGGCUUGGGGUUUGAUUAAUUACUCGCCGGCCUCUGCGUCCAAGCCCCCCUUCAAGUGGGAAGAUAAAGACAGCAAGUCGAACGUGGCUUCGUCCCAUAGCAGCACUGCCGAGCCCUCAGGCACAUUGCCUGCUGAUUUUAUGCUUCCCAAGAAGAGAGUGUGCAGUGGUUGCAAGUCAGCCUGCACUAUUGCUUGCUUUGCUUGUGAUAAGUAUGAUUUGACUCUUUGUGCAAGGUGUUAUGUCCGUGGAAAUUAUGGGGUAGGUCUCAAUUCUUCUGAUUUCAGACGAGUUGAGAUCAGUGAAGAGGUAAAGGCGGAAUGGACUGACAAAGAAACUCUGCACCUUUUAGAAGCCAUGAUGCAUUUUGGUGAUGACUGGAAGAAGGUUUCGGACUAUGUUGGUGGUGGUAGAAGUGAGAGUGAAUGUGUUGCUCAUUUUAUUAAGCUUCCAUUUGGAGAGCAAUUUGCUGGAACUCCAAACACUACUGAGGUUGACGACAAAUUUGAUCAAACAAAGGACCUGAAUGAUGCUGGAUUUGGAUUGCAAAAUAGUGGCACAUCAUUCCCAAACAAAAGACUGCGUCUCAACCCACUCAUUGAUACAAGCAACCCAAUUAUGGCACAGGCUGCUUUUCUGUCAGCUUUGGGGGGUGUAGAGGUUGCAGAAAUAGCUGCUCGUGCUGCAGUGGAAGCUCUGUCUGGUUUCAAAUCUAGAAGAAUUAAAGACAGUCCUGGAUCUCUCUUUCGUCAUCCAACACUGCAGGAACCCGAUGCUACAUCUAACGGUGAUGCUGCCUUAAAAGACUUGGGAAGAGACCGAGUCAAUCCACAAUCUCAGCUCGAGCAGGAGGAGCAAGACUUGGAGAUGGCAAUUUCUUGCAUUACCGACGUUCAGAUGAAGGAGAUCCAAGACAAAAUUUCACAUUUCGAGGAAUUUGAAUCACAAAUGGAGAGGGAGUGGAAACAACUGCAGCAAAUGAAGAACCUACUCUUUGUGGAUCAGCUCAAUCUUCUUUUUGAUAAAACCGCUGCAUCAAAGGCUGCAGAGAGCACGCAGCAGAGCCUUAGAACAGAAUGAUGCCUCGUGGGUUUAUCCUCUUUAUUUUUGUUCUGAUAGGGUCAUUGUGAAAACGAACACCCUUUGCGUAAUUGAUUUUAUUCUUCCUAAGAAACUAGCAGAAAGAACAUAUUAUUAGUGGAAUUCCUCUGAAAGUGUAAACAUAUGCAAAUGAUAACACUCCUUUAGAUUAGGAAAUUAAUAGGAAUAGCAAUGGGUAGUCAGUCACCCCAACAGGUAGGUAUUAUUCCCCAGGAACAAAUUCUCAACGGGGGCAGGUACACAGAAGAAAACAUUUUCCGUCCAAGAAUGGAUAUUUAUACAUAUUUUAAAAUAUAAUAUUAUUUUAUUUUAUA